CUUGCCUAUUGGCUUCCGCAUAGAUGUCGCAGACAGGAGCCCCGCCCUGCAGACGCUGCCCCGUCACAUCCAGGAGGGUACCUGUCUGAGGAGGAGUCCUGGCUGAGGAGUCAGCUCCACACUUUGACCCUUGAAGAAGGAGCCAUGGCCGGUUUCGACACCAACCCGUUUGCGGACCCGGUGGACGUUAACCCUUUCCAGGAUCCUGCAGUCACACAAAUCACAAGCGGCAGCCAUGGGAACAUAGAAGAAUUCAAUCCUUUCUCUGAAAAUUCCCGCUUGACAACGAAUCAGAAAACUGUGCCGAUACAGCCGGUGUUGCCUUCUCAGCCUGCUGUUCUGCAGCCUUCCAUAGAUCCGUCUCCGCAGGCAGUAGCAGCGGCAGCACAAGCGAGUCUUCUGCAGCAACAAGAGGAGCUGGACAGGAAAGCUGCUGAGAUUGAGCGGAAAGAAAAGGAGACGAGGAAUGUAAAUAUUAACUUAAGACAGAAUAACUGGCCUCCUCUUCCUCCCAAGUGUCCCAUCAAGCCGUGCUUCUACCAGGACUUCUCAGUAGACAUUCCAGCUGAUUAUCAGCGCACCUGUAAAAUGCUCUACUACCUAUGGAUGUUGCACACAGUCACACUUCUACUUAAUUUUCUGGCUUGCUUGGCCUAUUUCAUCUCUGCAAGUGAAGUUGGUGGUGUGGAUUUUGGCCUGUCCAUCCUGUGGCUUGUUUUGUUCACACCUUGUGCCUUUAUGUGCUGGUACCGGCCAAUCUACAAAGCAUUCAGGUCCGACAGCUCCUUCAAUUUCUUUUUCUUCUUCAUCAUCUUCUUCUGUCAAAUCGUGAUUUACAUCAUUCAAGCAGUUGGCAUCCCUCACUGGGGAACCAGCGGCUGGAUAAUUGCAUUAACCAUGAUCAAACCGAACACUGCUGUUUCUGUGAUAAUGAUGAUUGUGGCAAUAUUCUUCACAGUGUGUGCUGUCUUAUCUCUGUUCCUGCUGAAGAAGGUUCACUCGCUGUAUCGCAGAACAGGUGCAAAUUUCCAGAGAGCACAGGAAGAGUUUUCACAAGGCAUCUUUUCCAACCGCACAGUUCAAAACGCAGCUUCCGGAGCUGCAACAGCCGCGGCCAGGGGGGCAUUCCAGGAAAACUGAGCAUCUUAACCCCAUUACUUCUCCAUUUUUUUUACACUUCUGACUAUUUUGCUUAUUCUUUUUAUGUCUUCUCCAAUGAGGAAAUCUAUUGUCUCAAACAAUUUGCCUCUGGUGGAUGUACCCAGCACUCCACAUAAUGCCACUUCCACCAAGGGACUGUGAAAUUCUACAUAUACAUGUACAUAAAUAUAUAUAUUUACACAUGAGAAAACGGAUUUACUUAAUGCCUGACCUUUUUUUUAUUUGUGGGUGAAUAUUUUUUUUUUUAUUUGCAAAGGGGGAAUGACUGAUGUGUCUGUAAAAUACAAAAGUCUGUGGUAAUGAAUUGCUUGGUCUAUGCAGACACAUCCUGAGAUGUAAAAUAUGUAGACUCCUCUUUAUCCUCCUGUACAUGUUUCCUGUCAUUGUAUUUCUAUGAUUUCUGCAGAAGCCAUUUUAUGUACCAGUGUUUCUUCCACCACAGGCUACAUGAUGGCGGUUCAGAUUAAUUAUAACCGUUUGGCGGAUCCAAGAAUGAUACUUUUUAAACAUUUAAAGACACGUUGUUAUUAUUCAUUUACAAUGUUUUCUUAACAUAGAGAUGUGAAGGUCUGGGCAGUGGAUGGCUUUUUGAAGGUACAAACAAACUAAACUUCUGUUCUGUAGGCAAAAACUGACUGCCAGCUUUGUACAAUGUAAACUUUUGUCACCCUACAGUGCCUAAUGAGUGAAAAUCUAAAUAAAUCUAUUUUCUAUGAUGA